AUGAGCGCUGUCAAUCGUUCUGACUUACAAAAUCUUGUGGAUGACUAUCCGGAAAAGGCUGUGGAUAUACUUGUUAACUCUCUCCAACACAAGGACAUAGAGAAGGAGAUCAUCCAAUUCCUGCUUCAUCCAGGCGAGCCACAGAAAAGAAAGCCGCAAAAUGCGCCGGAAAUUGCAAAUGCGCCGACGGUUCCUACUCUAAGAACUUCACACUCAUGGCAGUAUCGUCCUAGAUCGAGUUCGGUUCAUCGCCAUCCGCCACCCUAUCCUGCUGGACAGAACGCAGAGCCCAUGAGCCCACCAACGUCACGGAGCAAGUCAAUGAUUUCAAAAGACGGCAAAGAGAACAUCAACAUAUUAGCCACAGAUGAAGAUGACGAUAUCAAGGCGUACCUUGCCACAAUGAGGCCUGCGGCAAUCGACUACAGCAUCUUAGGCAUGCCAGAAACUGGACCAUCACCUCCCCGAAGAGGCCCACGUCUCAAUUUCGACGAACAUGCCCCGAGUGCGCAUUCGGACAACUUUGUCACGGAUUCAUUCCAUCGCUCAGACUUGAACACUGAUUUCAACCAACCCAGUCGUGAUCAACCGAAUGAGCGGAUCCAUGAUAAUCCAGGUACAAUAUCAUAUCAACAACCUAUACCAUAUCAACAACCUAUACCGUCAGGGAACUACCGCCCCACUACUGCCGAAACCGUAAAUUCGACGCAAGCAUCCAGCCAUGACAGUAUCAGAGUCAGCUGCACACUUGACUCAAGUACAUGGGGUUUCCGGCUCAAUCUCAACGCGGAUUCUCAAGCACUCUACGAUAUCGUACAAGCAAAAUUAGAGAAGAAUAAAGGACCAUUUGACAGGACGACAGUGCUGAUCCUGUUUGCCUGCGACAAACAGACGUCUGGUGAAGUGUGCGAGCUAUCACUUGGAGAAGAAGAAUUGGAAGCAGACUGGGAGGGGACGGUGGCUUGGAUAAGAGACAACAAAAGAGAGAGACCACCUCACAUGUACGCUACCAUCCAGUUCGAGGAGGGCUGA